AUGCGGAAAAGCAAAAGCGUCGAGACGGCACUGUCUCUGAUCCAAAAUGACCCGUCCAAGAUCCUGCAAUUGACCGUCAACGGGAAAAAGGUCUCGCCGGGAGAUCACAUCCCAAAGCGAGUACACGCCCAAUCGCCCCCCGAGCUCGCAUUCAACGUCCCGUCCGACAAGACCUACCUCGUCAUCAGCCUGGAUCUCGACGCGCCCUUUCAGUCCUGGACCGUCCUGGGCCCUAUCCUGCAUUGGAUCCAGCCCUGUCUGAAGCCCGAGUCUUCUGAGACCGCGGCUGACGGCGUCGCUAAAUUGACGUGGUCGGACACGCCCUUCAUCGCCAAUUACAUCGGGCCCGCACCGCCGCCAGGCAGUGGCCCGCAUCGAUACGUGUUCUUCCUCUGCGAGCAACCGGACGACUUUGACGGCGCAAAAUGGGCGCCGCCGGGCGGGAAGAAGCUGGGCAACAGGCCGCGGAUGCGCUACGACCUGGACGCGUUUGAGAAAGAGGCCAAGCUGGGGCCGGUCAUUGCGGUGAAUUACUUCGUUAGCAAUUAG